GAUAAAUACCCUUUCGUUCUUCAGACGCCUUCUGCGGCGCCUCACUCCGACACUGCGUUAUAGUCCCGGUUACAAAUUACAGAAUACCUCUGCGCAAGGAACUGUGUCCCAUCCGCCAUGGCGCCGUCUUACAUGCUCCUCGAUCAAAGGUCCGUUCACUCGGCGGGGCCGCAUCUGAUGAAGCGCGAUCUCAGCGUCACCCACGCUCAGGCUGUGACCCUCGGGGUGAUGGGUGCAUACGUUGUCGUUAUCGCUUUGUUGUGGAAUCUGCCCUAUGUUCGCUGGUCGCUUUGGCCGUUCAAGAUGCUCGUCAUCGCGUUCCACGAGUUUGGCCACGCCAUCACCGCAUGCUGCACCGGUGGCCGCGUCAAAAGCAUCUCGCUGGAUCCGCACGAGGGCGGCGUCACGCACAUGUCGGGCGGAAUCAGCGCCGUGACCCUGCCCGCCGGCUACCUGGGCUCGUCGAUCAUCGGAUCGCUGUUGAUAUUCGCCGGGUUCGACAUCGUCGCCAGCAAGGUCGCCAGCAUCGUCCUGGGGGUGUGCUUCCUGCUCACGCUGUGGUGGGCGCGCAAGGAUUGGCUCACGAUCGUCACGAUUCUGCUGGCGGUGGGACUGCUGGUCGCGUGCUGGUUCAUCGCCCAUGGCCAGGCGCUGAAAUGGGUGGUGCUCUUCAUCGGUGUUAUGUCGGCCCUCUAUAGCGUCUGGGAUAUUUGUGACGACUUGAUCCUUCGCAAAGUGAAUACCUCGGACGCCAGCCAGUUCGCAAAGCGGUAUGGUGGCUCUUCGCAGUGCUGGGGCGUCCUCUGGUCUUUUAUUUCGCUUGCGUUCAUCGCGAUUGCGAUUGUCGCUGCCAUUGCGGCGUUCCGUGAGUCGUUCAGCCAGCAGGAGAAGGACUCUCAGCAUUUUAUCCCGACACGGUGAAUUGGACCUGCGCUCGUGUUGCUAAUGCAGCUUGAUGACUUACGAAUUUUGUGUGUGUUGAAUACCCCGCUUGAAAGGAACGCUGGCUGUCGUUUGCAUGUUGUCAUUGUGUUUUCUUCUUUUUGUUAGCGCCUAUCCUUGGAUCUGCUGGGCAGAUGAAAGUAGUUGCGUCUUUAUUCUAGAUAAGUUAGUCUGAAUAAGCUUCAACCAUGGCGUGUUCUAUCCGCGGUGUCGAUACUCUUUUUCCAGGGAAAGGCAUCGCAGUCUGAUGUCUUGCGAGACUUUACAAUACUUUCUCAUGCAACAGAUAAUAGAAUUGCUUUAGG